AUGGCUGCUUCCUCCUCCUCACUCGUUCCUCUCCUCCUCCUCUUCCUCAUCGUCACCGUGGUGUCGAGACCUUCACCUCAACGAGAUGAUGAUCAGGUGUUGCGCUCUCUGUUCGGCUCGCGUCUCUCUUCGCUCAUCUUGGCCCCGCCCUCUGAUGACAUCACAGAGGGCUCAGCCGGACGCCCUGUCUCGGCCUCGUCUCCCUCCGGGGGAUUGGUCACCAGUCGUGGUGCUGCGAGGGGAUUGGCCGGCAGACAGGAAGCGGUCCCGCAGUUCUUCCUGGACUUCCUCCAGCGACAGUCCAAGAUCAAGAGGCGGAGCAGGAAGUCCAUGUUCGGAGGGAGAGGCUGCUUCGGGAUGAAGAUGGACCGCAUCGGCUCCAUCAGCGGGCUGGGCUGCUAGAGACGCGUUACCUCUGUGAUGACGACCCAGACUCAGCUCUGAUGGUGACUCUAACCUCUGUGAUGUCACAGCAGGUGACCCCAGGCUGACCCUGCAUGACCUCUGACCUCCGGGAGCACACCCGCCAGGCAGUCGGACUCCAUGUUGGAACGUUACUAACUAAAGGACUAAUGUAAAGGAGAUGUGCACCUGUAGGGAGGUGGACACAGGUAGACCUCAGAGGAGACGACUUCUACUUCCUCUGGAAUCCUACUAAUGACCCCCGACCCCUGAUCCCUGGCUCCUACACAGCCAG